AUGACGUUUCCACCCGAUCCUUGCCCGUUCAUCAUGUGGGUGGAGUCUACGAAGCCCGACAGCGACACAGUGCGGAGAGCGAAGCUGCACUUGGUGGAUUUGGCAGGGAGCGAACGGAUCUCGAAGACGGGCGUGGAGGGUCAUUUGCAAAAAGAAGCACGCUACAUCAACCUGUCCUUGCACUACUUGGAGCAGGUCAUCGUGGCCUUGCACGAGCGCACCACUGGAGCUCGAAAUCAUGUUCCUUACAGGAACUCGAUGAUGACCUCGGUGCUGCGGGACUCAUUGGGUGGCAACUGCAAGACGGUCAUGGUGGGAACGGCAGCCAUUGAAGACCGCCAUUUAGAAGAGUCCAUGUCCACUUGCCGAUUUGCGCAACGAGUGGCCGCCAUCAAGAACAAUGCCACAGUGAAUGAGGAGUUAGACCCUGCUUUGCUCAUUCGCCGUUUGAAGAAGGAGGCCGCCGAGCUCAAGGAUGAGCUGAAGCUGCUGAAUGGUGAGGCUGAAGAGUUGAAUGCUGAGGACAAGGAGGAGUGUAAGAAGCUUGUCCAGGGCUACCUGGUCCAGCAGGAUUUAGAGGCACCCUUUGUGGGUGGAUCCAUCUCCCGAUUUCAGGAAUGCUUCCGCCUCCUUCGUGAGGUGUACCUGCAAAAAGCUGGCGGAGCUGUUGAGUAUCCAACUCAGCACUGGCAGGCAGUCUAUGACAAUCUGCGACCGUAUGUGCAACGCUUGAAGGAGAGGUGUCGCAUUGUGCUUGCUUCGAGCAGCCCCCGGCGGCAUGAGAUUCUUAGCCUUCUGGGCGUUCCCUUCGAAGUGGUCACGCCGAAGUUUGCGGAGGAUCUGGACAAGUCCAAAUACACUCCUCCAGAGUAUGCCAUGGCCAAUGCUCGCAUCAAAUGCGCUGAGGUGGUGAUGAAGCUGGCUCAUCCCAGAUAUCCACAGCCCGAAUACGAUGACAAAGUCCUCAUCGUGAUAGGUGCUGACACCGUGGUGGUUCGUGGUGAUACGAUCCUUGAGAAGCCCGAGGAUGCAGCGCAUGCCUUGGCGAUGUUGAAGCAGUUGCAGGGACGGGAGCAUCAGGUGAUCACUGGCAUGGCGGUCUCGGUCGGUGGCUCCGAGGAACCUGUGGCCAUUUUCGAAGAAACCUCUGUCUCCUUUGCGCAGCUCACAGAUGAGGAGUUGAAAGGCUACAUCGAAACGGGUGAGCCUUUCGACAAGGCAGGUGCCUAUGGUAUUCAGGCCCUCGGCAGCCUUCUCGUCACUGGGAUUCGAGGCAACUACCAGAAUGUGGUGGGCUUGCCGCUGGCGCCGUUGUCAAGGCUGAUUGCGGCCGAAUUGGCACGUCAUUUGAAGGGUGCAGCCCAAGAGCAGAUGAGUUCGCCUUCCGAGCCACGCUUGGGAAGCCUGGAAGCUACGCUGAACCAGCUUCGCCAGGAGGUGGCGAUGAGGGACCAGGAGAUCAACAUGCUGGUGGGCUCUUUGAGCAAACGAGGGAACAACGCCAAGGAGGCUGCCCGUGCUGGUCCUGUCUUCAUCCCGGGAGCUCCAAGUGGAUCCAAUCCACCCGAGGUGGCGACCUCUCGUGGCCCUGAAGCUUUGAGCAGUCCAGGAGAAGACUCCGCUGCAGUAGGUGACCCAACAGCCUUGCUCUUGGACAGGAACAAGGCCUUCGACGCGUUUCGGAGGUCCGUGCGGCGCAGCGAGACGCUGGACGAUGGUCGAGAAGCCAUGAAGCAGCUGGUGGUCGAAGCCAAAGAAGUUGGAGAGCUUGCAAACGCUGCCAGGGCGUCAGUGCAAGUGAUUCAGAAGAAGAUCGAGAAGGCUCGCCUGGGCCGCGUCCUGGGCACUGGUCCUCACGAUCCCACCUCCAAGGAGAAUGCCGUGCCGCCGGACACUCCCGAAAUUGCCACCCUGAACCAUACCAUGGAGGUGAAGAUCUCCACGUACAAGAAAAGCAUGGAACGCUUGAAAUGGGUCAAGGCCGAGAUUGAGAAGUACCGAUCUGCAGCGGAGGAAAACAAGGACAUCUUGGUUGCCGUGUCACUUUGA